AUGAACCGUGUGGCCGCCGUCUCCACUCACGUCUCGGGUGGUCCUCCAAACAACUACAGGGAUGAGAAGAGGCCUGAUGACGUAGUCAUCUGCGCUGCCUUGAGGACCCCACUCUGCAAGGCCAAGAGAGGAUCCUUUCGUACGACUUCGGUGGAGGAUAUGAUGUGCCCAGUGAUGAAAGCUGUUCUUGAGAGGACUGGUGUAGACCCGAAGACCAUCGGGGAUGUCCAAAUGGGCAACGUGCUGCAGUCUGGUUCGGGUGUAGUCCCGGCUCGCAUGGCUGCUCUGAUGGCUGGCAUCCCGGUCGAGGUUCCAACAGUUUCAAUUAACCGUCAGUGUUCGAGUGGCCUCCAGGCAGUAGCUAACAUAGCUUCUGAUAUCAAAGCCGGCUAUAUCAAAGUUGGGCUUGCUGGUGGUGUUGAAAGCAUGAGCAUGUAA